GUUUACAAAAACAUUGUGCCAAAAUAAAUUCUGCUUUUCUGCUUAAUUAUAGUGAUUUUAAUCCAUUAUGGACUCAAUUAUUCCUUUCCUUGAUGAAUCAGAGCAGCCGUUCAGCCAUGAAGACAUUAUUAGAGCUCGAACAAUGAUCAUGGAAAACCUUAAUAAUCUACUGACUGCAUCAUCUGCUCAAAUUAAAAUCGAGUUGGUGACGAAGAUACAGGAACAAGUGUUGAAAUGGGCACCUGCAAUGAGAGUUCUAGAGGAAGUUAUUGACGAUAUUUUAGCAAUUUCAUUAGAUCAGAAUCAGGAUGUAAAGAAAUCGAUAAUUGGAUUUAUAGAGGAAGUCUGCAAACAGAAAAUUAGAAUGUUACCGAAAGUAAUAAAAUGUGUAGCAAUGUUUUUGAGGUCGGAAUCGGCUAUUCUAAUUAAGAGAGUAACACAGGCUUGUGGAUCAAUCUAUAAAAACACAUUGCAAUGGAUGUGCUCAACAGAAGACGUCACAGAAGAAAUGAAAGAUUGUUGGGAGCAAUUGUGCUUAAUUAAGGCACAAAUCCUAGACAUGAUUGAUCAUGAGAAUGAUGGAGUUAGGACUAAUGCAAUUAAGUUUUUAGAAGGAGUAAUUUUGCUACAAACACAUCCAGAUGCAGAUAGCAUGAAAAAAGACAAUGAUUUCUCACUAGCCGAUGUUCCAUUGACAUUAACUCACAUUAGACGUAGGAAGCUUGAAGAGGAAGCGAUGAAUAUUUUUGAAAUUCUUGUCAAAUUCCAUGGAGCUUCUCAUAUUUCCUCAGUUAAUUUAAUUGCAUGUACAGGGACAUUAUGUACAAUCGCCAAAAUGCGACCGGCUUUAAUGGGUCAAGUUGUAGAAGCGCUUAAAAAUUUACAUUCAAGUUUCCCUCCAACAUUGACUAAUUCACAGAUUGCAUCAAUCAGGAAGAACUUAAAAAUGCAAUUUAUUAAUCUAUUAAAACAACCAGCAAGCUUCGAUUGGCGUACAGCAAUUAUUCCAAUUUUACAGGAUCUUGGAGCCAGUCAGAAUGAAAUAAAUAGAUCAUUGCCAAAAAUGGACAAAAAAGAGAUCCAGAUGAGGACAAAACGAGCUCUUGAAAACGAGGAAGCAAGGAAUCAAGCAAAAAGAGCGAGGUUUGAAGACAAAAAGAAGUCAAUGCUUCAUAAAAUACCAAAAGACGACGAAAUGGAAGUGGACGAAGACACAAUUUUUGAUCAACAACGAAGAUCAGACAGCAUUAAUGAAAAAUUCAUAGCUGAGGCUAUUCAGAAUGUAGAAGUUGCAGCACAACUUAUUAUUACGUCCAUGACAAAGCUUCCUGAUAAAAUUCCAGAUUCAUUUAUUAAGGCUUAUCAGCCAAGCAUUGGUCCAGUAACAAUAACAAGCCAGAUUGAUAAAAUCUCAAGAACAUUCGCUGCUCAAUUAACAGAAGCAAAACUUGGUCCUGGAUCUAAGGAAUUGACAGCAGAAGAACCAUUAAAGGCUAAAAUGUCAGCCGUAGAGGAACAAAGCAUUGUUAUGGGCGAAGAUUAUCAAAAAGACGAAACAACAAGGAAACUGCGUGAGACAUUAGAAAGAAUGAAGGAACAACCCAAGAUGAAGCAACGAAUCAGAACAUUAAAGCUACAAGAAAUAACCAAGCCACUCCACAAAGACUUAAAGCAACAAUUCUUAAAUGAUGCAGUAAGGAGAGUCUUAAAAUGUGAGAGGCAGGCCAUUGUCAGUGGAAUGGGAUUUAAACGUAAAAAAAUCAUCACAGUCUUUGCAUCAACAUUCUUGCCUAGUGUUCGUGAAAUUGUCAUGGAAUAUAUUAUGGAGGACUUGAUUAAAAGAUUUGAUUUAGCUUUCAUGUGGCUUUUUGAGGAAUACAGCUUAAUGCAAGGAUUUACUAGAUUUUCAUAUGUAAAGUCCGAACAUAAGCAUGAUUAUGCUUACAAUCGCUUACUGUCAGAUUUAGUGAUGAAGAUUUUAAGUCGCGGAUCAGAAUUUCGUGAACGUGAAAGCUUAAUAAAGCGGCUGUACCUUGAAGCUCCAUUUGUAAGUGACGAAAGUGUUGAAAUUCUUACUAAAAUUUGUGAGAAUGAUGAUUUGUAUGAAUGUGGACUGGUUCUGUUAAAAGACUUGCUUAUUCGAAGACCUCCAAGAGAAGAAUACUUGCUUGAAACUUUAUUAAAAUUCACUGUUCAUCAAAAUACUUUGGUACGGGAAAAAGCUAUUGAGAAUGUCAUGAAUGUGUACUCGAUGCAUCAGAUUCUCUUGAAGAAUAUUGAAGGAUUUGCUGUAAAGUCCAUAAUUUUCUUACAAAUGCCACAACCAACUGAAAAUGCAAUGAAAUAUAUGCUUUUUAAUGACUUAAAUCCACCAGAUUCAUGGACAGAGGAUAUGACUAAAUCCAUGCUUAAUCUUUAUCUCACUUUGUUGCCUCAUAAUGAAUCAUUAAUCGAAGAAUUGUCUGGAGUUUAUGUUGCAGCAUCGCCUGAUGUUAAGAGAAUAAUCCUAAGAAGUAUAGAAGUUCCUGUAAAGAAAUUAGGCAUUGAAUCCAAGCCUAUUAUGAAAUUACUGGAUGUUUGUGCUAAAGGAACUGAAACUUUGAUCACCAGAAUCAUUUACAUUCUUACAGAAAAUUCAUGUCCAACACAAGAGUUGAUUGACAAAGUAAAGAACUUGUACAACACAAAGUUAAAUGACGUCCGAAUUUUGAUUCCAAUCAUUCUGCAUCUCACAAAGAAAGAAAUUGUUGCGGCACUGCCAAAAAUCUUGAAACUUAAUCCACAGUUGAUGAAGGAUGUCUUUAUGCGAUUGUUGGGAGUUAAAACUGAAGUACAAAGAAGCAACUUACAGCCAAUUACUCCAACGGAACUGCUCGUAGCACUUCACGCAAUUGACACUUCGCAAGCGGAACUAAAGCUUAUCGUGAAAGCCACAUCUUUAUGUAUAGCUGAAAAGGAAGUUUAUACACAUGAAGUUCUUGGAGUAGUUAUGCAGCAAUUAGUUGAGAUGAAUCCAUUGCCGACGCUUUUAAUGAGAACAGUUAUUCAGUCUCACACAUUAUAUCCACGUCUAUCAGGAUUUAUAACAAAUUUAUUGCAAAGAUUGAUUGUUAAGCAAGUCUGGAAGAGCAAAUUAAUUUGGGAUGGAUUUGUUAAAUGCUGUCAAAAACUACAACCACAAAGUAUGGGAGUCCUUAUUCAAUUGCCAGCAUCACAACUACUAGAUGCUCUCCAAAUCUGUCCAGAUCUUAAAAGUCCACUAUUAGAUUAUGCUCGUGAAAUGAAUAAACAUCAAAUAAGUCACGCAACAUCGCAAGUUUUGGAGGUUCUUGGCGAGUCACAAAGUGAGUCAACAACACAGCAAGAGGAACCAGACGCACCAGGCAUUUAAAAAUUCAAUGUUAAUGUUUAAGUUGUUCUUAUUAAUUAAAAAAUAAAUUGAUAUGUUUAAAAUA